CCUCCCACUGUGUACAAAACCCAAAGAACACCGACCGACCCUUCUUCUCCUACUCAGCUCAACUUUUCUCCGGGCAACCGUCGCCGCGUCUACGUCUCCGGAAGUCCGUACGGCGCCGUUUGAUCGCCGCCGAUUGUCGGAGAGAGUCUCCGCGCCGUUUCAAAGUUUCUUCUCGAUGGAGAUUACCAUGUUUCUGACCGUUUGGGAAUAGGGAAGGUGUGGUUAACCGCCCGCCCGCGAUUAUCGUGGUCGGUGAGUAACGGCGGUGUUUGGUCAAACCGUACGGUUAAACGGCGCGUUUGGUUCAAUCGCCGAGAAAAGGGAGGGAGUUUUGAAACGGGGUUUGAUUAAACGCCGUCGGUUAGAGAGAUGUUAUUACUGGUUUAGCCUCUCAACGCAGAGUUAUCGGCGCGGGAGGGAGUGGAGACUAGAGAGGGGAAGGAACGGGGAGUCGUACUAUGGGGCGGUUGGCGGCGGGGUUGGCAGUGGGAUGUGCAGUGGCGGCGUGUGUGGUGGCGACAGUGAUGGUGGGGAGACGGGUACGGAGGAGGAAGAAGUGGCGGAAGGUGUUGCGGGUUCUGGAGGAGCUGGAGGAGGCCUGCGCCACCCCUGUUGGGCGGCUCCGGCAAGUUGUCGACGCUAUGGCCGUCGAAAUGCACGCCGGCCUAGCCUCUGAAGGCGGGAGCAAGCUCAAGAUGUUGCUCACAUAUGUCGAUAAACUCCCCAAUGGUAGUGAGGAGGGAACAUUUUAUGCUCUAGAUCUUGGAGGUACCAACUUUCGGGUUUUGCGGGUUCAAUUAGGUGGUCAAAGGUCUGCUACUAUCAGACACGAUGUACAGCAGCAGCCAAUUCCUCAACACUUAUUGACUGGCACCAGCGAGGAUCUCUUCGAUUUUAUUGCAUCAUCGCUGAAGGAUUUCAUUGAAAGGGAUAGUAGUGACUCAGAACACUCACAAGGCAGAAGUCUUGGCUUCACAUUUUCUUUUCCUGUCAAACAAACUUCUGUCUCAUCUGGCAUCUUGAUCAAGUGGACACAAGGAUUCGAAAUUGAAGACAUGGUUGGAAGAAAUGUUUCUGAGUGCCUACAAGCAGCAUUUUCUAGAAAGGGCCUAGAUAUUCGGGUAGCAGCAUUGAUAAAUGAUACAGUGGCAACACUGGCUCUUGGACAUUAUAAUGAUGAAGACACCGUUGCAGCUGUUAUAUUUGGGACAGGUACUAAUGCGUGUUAUGUGGAGCGUGCAGAUGCUAUUAUAAAAUGCCAAGGCCUUUUAACAACUUCAGGAAGCAUGGUAGUCAAUAUGGAAUGGGGAAACUUCUGGUCAUCUCAUUUACCACGAACAUCAUAUGACAGUGACUUGGAUGCUGAUAGCCCAAAUCCUAAUGAUCAGGGAUUCGAGAAAAUGAUUUCAGGGAUGUAUUUGGGGGACAUAGUAAGAAGAGUUCUUCUAAGAAUGUCACAGGAGUUUGAUGUUUUCGGACCUGUGUCUUCCAAAUUAGCAAUGCCAUUUCUGCUGAGGACACCCCUCAUGGCUGCUAUGCACGAUGAUGAUUCACCUGAAUUGAGUGAAGUAGCAAGAGUUCUCGGAGAAAUACUGGAGUUACCCGAUGUCCCUCUUAAACUUCGGAAGCUAGUAGUGGAAGUGUGCGAUGUGGUAACUCGACGAGCUGCUAGGUUAGCUGCAGCAGGUAUCGUGGGAAUAUUAAAGAAGAUCGGGAGGGAUGGAACUGGCGGCAUUGCCAGUGGGAAAUUGAGAAGUGGUAGUAGCUCAAGCAGGAUGAAAAGAACGGUGGUGGCCAUCGAAGGCGGGUUGUAUACAAGCUACACCUCUUUCAGAGAGUACUUGAAUGAAGCAGUGGCAGAGAUAUUAGGGGAAGAAGUUUCGUCCCACGUUACCAUUACAGUAACCGAAGAUGGAUCGGGGAUCGGAGCAGCUCUUCUUGCUGCUGCAGUGCAUUCGGCUUCCACGACAGUACAGUUGCUAUGAAUAUAUAAGAUACAUAAUUUAUACAUAGCUCUGUAAAUUGUAGAAGUCAUUUAUCCAUGGAAAAAAUAUAUAUAUGUAAAAGGGGAAUGCUGUGUAUAAGUGUCAAGUUUGAUUGAUAGUUUUUAGGGUAUUAUAUUUGUGGGGUUCUCUUUCAUGAUGCUUGUUGGCUGGCUGGCUGGCUGGCUCGAUUCAAAUUUUGAAGCAAUGGUGUUCUUAUCAUCUAAAGCAGUGUAAAAUGUAACCAAAGGUCAAUGCAAGUAUUUAUUUAUUUGUUUAUUGUU